GAAUCAGCAGAGUAGCAGACGUCUAACGCCCCAGCAAGUCUGCAACAAUAUUAGUUCCCUUCCAUCAUCAACCUUGAGUCCAAUUCCAGUUAGCCGGUUGAGCCCUAACUACCAACAACAGCUACCUUCACCACAAUUCAAGCUCGCCUUCUCAGCUUCUCCGUUCUCCACUACAUAGCAUAGCAUAAAAGAAAUAGAAUGAGUGUGGAGGAGUUACCAAAGCAGGAGGCUAACGUGCUCCGGGGGCACGAGGGCGCAGUUUUAGCUGCUCGCUUUAACGCCGACGGAAAUUAUUGCCUGAGUUGCGGAAAGGACCGUACCAUACGUCUCUGGAAUCCUCACCGUGGAAUUCACAUCAAAACCUACAAAUCUCACGGCCGCGAAGUCCGCGAUGUCCACGUCACCCCGGAUAACUCAAAGAUUGUCUCAUGUGGUGGUGACCGUCAAAUAUUUUACUGGGAUGUAUCUACUGGUCGUGUAAUUCGCAAAUUUCGAGGACAUGAUAGCGAGGUAAAUGCUGUGAAGUUCAAUGAGUAUUCAUCUGUUGUUGUAUCAGCUGGGUAUGACCGUUCGGUGCGUGCAUGGGACUGUAGGUCUCAUAAUACCGAACCAAUUCAGAUCAUUGACACUUUCCAAGACAGUGUAAUGUCAGUGUGCUUGACGAGUAGUGAGAUUAUUGCUGGAAGUGUUGAUGGGACUGUGCGAACAUUUGAUAUUCGCAUUGGUAGGGAACUAUCUGAUGACUUAGGACAAGCGGUGAAUUGUAUUUCGUUAUCAAAUGAUGGUAACUGCAUAUUGGCCAGCUGUCUAGAUUCUACUUUACGUCUUCUUGACAGGUCUUCCGGGGAGCUACUGCAAGAGUAUAAAGGCCAUGUUUGCAAGUCAUACAAAUUGGACUGCUGCCUUACCAGUAGUGAUGCUUAUGUGGCCGGUGGUUCUGAAGAUGGCUAUAUUUUCUUCUGGGAUUUGGUGGAUGCAUCUGUGGCGUCAAGGUUCCGAGCUCAUGCUUCAGUGGUUACAAGUGUAAGUUAUCAUCCCAAGGACAACUGUAUGAUAAGUGCCUCUGUUGAUGGAACUAUCCGUGUCUGGAAAACAUGAGAAAGAGAAGUCCAAGUUUUAUUGACACUAAUGUUAUCAUCGGAUGCUCGGUGUUGAGUUUGGAUACAUUACAUUGGUUUGUUUCGCACGAACUCCCGUCUAUUUUACCGGAGAACAGUCAAAUGGAAGAAUCGGUCACCCAUCCCCUAUAACGGACUAUUGAAGCGUGACCGUGACCACCGUAAUCUCUGUUACGUUGUAAAUGUAAGUAUAACUUGUACACUGAAUGUUCCGCAUAAUGCAAGGAAAAAGAAACAGUUAAGGACCAUUUAGUAGUCAAUACACGCAGAAAAGAAGUCUUUAUUUUAGAAUUUGGGGUGGGAGAGACGACUUCAAAGAAAGAGUCUUUUACUCUCUCUCUCUUUCCUUUCCUACGAAGAACUUCUAAAGAAAAAGAAAAGAAAAUUUAAGGCAUAUGUGCGGACGAGAAUACCCAUCAUAUUGGGAGUUACUUGUUCCCUAAGAUAUUGUUUUCUUCCUUUCCAAGUAUUUUACAGACUACGGAGUACUAUAAUAUUGUAUAUAUUUAAAAACAAAAAAUUAUAAGAAGAAUAAUCUUACUGAACCAA